ACCAUGGGGAGCGUUGCUAUGUGACGCUUGUUGAUAACCAGGAAGACGCUGCUGCCACAGUGCUAGCAAGGAGGAGAGAAAUGGAGGAUAACUUCCAGCUCGGAGAGGCUGGAGCGGUAAAAAAUGUUGCAAAGUCUGGACGGAGAGCUCGCCUUGCAGCAGACCAAUCAUCAUUUGAGGAUUCUCGUUAUGUGAGGAAGUCUUCCACAUCUGCUUCAAUGGCCGAAGAGGACGACGAGGGCCCUCCUCCUAAACCGGCCCGGCGGCAGGGUGGCUGGGCAGAAGAAAGCUCUGGCUCUGGUUCUGCCAAAUCAUCAAGAAGACCUGCAGCUGAAGACCUGGAAGACCGCCGCCUGCGACCACAAACUCCCCAGGGAUCAGAUGAUGAAGGAGAUAUUCCAGUGAUUCCAGACCUCGAAGAAGUACAGGAAGAAGAUCUCACCAUGCAAAUUGCAGCUCCACCAAGCAUCCAGGUGAACCGGGUAAUGACCUACAGAGAUCUGGACAAUGAUCUGAAGUAUUAUUCUGCGUUCCAGACCUUAGAUGGAGAGAUUGACUUGAAGCUCCUCACCAAGGUUUUAGCGCCAGAGCAGGAGGUGAAAGAGGAUGAUGUGAGCUGGGACUGGGAUCAUCUGUUUACAGAGGUGUCCUCAGAGCUGCUGAUGGAAUGGGAUCAAGGAGAGAGUGAGGAGCAGGCCGCGCUGCCUGUAACAUGAGGAGGAGGUUUGGACUGGGACUUUAAAUGGCUCCAGUGGGAGCCGGGUGAAUGUCCAUUACACAGAAGGGCCAGUGACUUUGGUUAUCAUAACUUUAAUUACUGUUUGUUAUCCAGAAGUUAUAUUUUGUAAAGUGUAUAUAAAGUGUAUUUUAUAAAUAAAGUUCACCGUGCAGCAAACAGCGCA